AUGAAGAGCCGGUCGCAUCGGCUUCCGAUAACGGACCCGCAUGAUGACUGGGUAGAUGGUUCAUGGACGGUGGAUUGUGUGUGUGGUGUGAAUUUUGACGAUGGGGAAGAGAUGGUUAAUUGUGAUGAGUGUGGCGUGUGGGUGCACACGCGGUGCUCUCGCUACGUCAAGAGUGAGAAAUUAUUUGCUUGUGAUAAAUGUAAGAGUAAGAACAGUAGGAACGAUAGUGAAGAAACUGAGGUUGCACAAUUGUUGGUUGAAUUACCUACUAAAACAUUGAGGAUGGACAAUCCUUACCCUUCGAAUUGUCCUCCUCGGAGGCCGUUUAGGCUUUGGACUGAUCUUCCGAUGGAGGAGAGAGUGCAUGUUCAAGGUAUUCCAGGUGGUAACCCUAGUUUGUUCGGUGGGUUGUCGUCGGUUUUCAGCCCCGAGUUAUGGAAGUGUACUGGGUAUGUGCCCAAGAAGUUCAAUUUUCAAUAUAGUGAGUUCCCUUGUUGGGAUGAGAAGCUGGAUGUUGAUAGGAAAUCCGCAGAAGAAAAUGGAAAUCCUGUUGAUAAAGGGGCUGGUGUCUUAUUCUCGUUGUCGAAAGAGAAUGCCUUGCAUACUCCUGUGGCUACUUUGUCUUGCAUGGAAAAACAAGUUGAUGAAGAUGGCUCCAACUGGUUGGCACAUUCGCAUGAUAUGCAGAGGCGUGACUGUGAAGAUGUUGAUGUUAGGCAGCCACAGAAUGAUGUGAAGAAGGAUAGAAGUUUGCUUCAUCCUAUUGUAGUUCAUUAUGGUAAACGUAAGAAAGAAGACCUGGGGACGGCCAAAGAUCGAAGUGGAAAGAAGAAAGCCAGGACUGGUGAUAGAGAGGCAGAUUCAAAGAAGAAAGCUGCACAUGCCCCCAAAUCUGUAUCCACAGAACCAACUGAUGCAAAACGAUUGGAAUUUUGUGAAGUCAGAGCUUUUAAGGGUCAAAAGAUUGAUGCUCAAGGUUGCAAAAAUGGAAAUUCAUGUGAUAAUCACCUUGUGGACAAAGAUGUUGGCAAUUGUAAGAACAACCUAGCUUUUGCUGAGGAACCUUCAGAAGCCUUAUCAUCUGAUGUGGGGAGAUAUAAUUCUUCUAAUGAAGCAAGACCAAAAGAAGACAGGGUGGAGCAUCAAGUUCCUGUUAGGAUUGAGGGUUUUCCUAAAACUGACGAUUUUGUGGCGUCAUCAUUAGAUCACAAUGGGAGUGCUGCCAUUAAAGAAGAGGUUUCUGGCUUGUUUUCUCACCCUACUGAAUACCACGUUAGGAUUGAUGAUAAAAAAACAUGGAUUAAUGAGGUAUUAAAAUCAUAG